GGGAUAUAAAAGUAAUAAACAAAGAACAGAUGUUUUAGUUUCAUCGUGGUAGGACGUAAAGAACCUAUCGAUAUGUCGGAAGUGGCAAGUUCAAGUUGCAGCAAAGGUCCUCCAAUUGGUGUUAAUUCUCCUCCCGGUACCUCAGCAGAUUUGAAAUGUCUGUCGUCUGAAACUUUACCUACUGCCCCGGUUCAGUCGGAAUCCUUCACUGUCAGUCAAGCAGCUACCAGAGCUAAAGAUUGCUGCUGCUGUGAGAUCAUUGAUCGAUGUUUCAAUUGGUGUAAGAAAAAUGUAUGCCCUCGGAGGAACCUAUACAAUAAGGGUGUGUUCUUGCUGGCAAUGAUUACAUUUUUUGUCAACUUUAUUGUAAAACGCAAGGAGGAUUAUAAGCCUAACUGGGAAGUUCUCUAUGCCACUUUGCUAAUAAUGUAUUGCAGUUUGUUCACUUGCUUUUUUGAAAGGGGUAGUUAUUCUAAAUCGUUCUGGCUUAUAUACCCAAAGAGAAAGAAAGUUGAUAGCAGUCCUAAGAAAUCUCCUGGACAGGAAGGUGAAUACGUUACUGUUCCAGAAACCAGUCCAACCGAUUCAAUUAUUACGGAAUCUCCAGGACAUGGACUCAUUAAAGAAGUUAAGCUAGAUGUAUAUGGAGUACCAGGAACUUCGGGAAUUAAUUGAACUCGGAGAAUGCAUUUGGAGCAAUGAAAAUACGAGCAUUCUACCACAUCAGAAUUAAAAUUUAAAGUGAUCAAUAAGUGAAGCUGAUAUAAAGUGACGCAACUAAAGCAAUGAAUUAGUUAAAAAAUAUUUUAACCUUUUAUAUUUGUCUUAUCAAUCUUGUAACUUUUAAAUUCUGUAUUAUUGAUUUUUAGAUUCGUGAAUAAAAUUUGUA